AAAGCAGACUUGGCAACAGAAUUGAUCGUAUGGGUCCCUUUGUUUGGGAUGGCGUUAUGGAUGGCUUUGGAUGAUAAGGAAUGAUAGGUUUAGUGUCACAUGUAAAUCUGAUGGAUGCUCUUAUCCAUCCUCAUCGUCAAAUCAACAGCUUAAACUAUUUUUCUAUAAGUCGACCGAGUAGCUCGCUCAAUGAUUCUUCCGAGUCGGAUGCAAUAAUUGAAGAUACUCCAGACUCUCCAGUAGAAACCACCGACUACUCGAGCAAAGCCCCCGAUAUCGGUCAAACAGUGACAAUAGAUCACGACGGUUCUGAGAUAUCUGUGUGCGACACGCAGAGAUUGAACAAACGAGUUUGUUUCUCAUAUCAAGAUGAAUCUGACCCUGACGAAUAUCCUUUUCAUGCUGUAACUUACGGCGAAUCGGAAGGCUGUUGGGGACUUCCUUAUAACGAUCACAAUUAUGCAUCCUACGAACCAAAUCCAGAUCAUAAUAGAUCUAUUGAACCUGAUGAUCGUUUGUCUCUUUUAGCAAAGUUAGCAUUAGCAAAGGAUGAGAAUCCACAGGAUUCAGGAGAAAAGACGUCCAGGACACUCCAGUCUACACUGCGAACCAACUGUAUUCUUGAAGAAGGUUCCACGGUCUCAACAACUAAGUCUGUGGGUUUGGUUGAACUAAACGCGUUGUGUUCAUCAACUAAACGUUCUGUCGUGUGCAACUCAGAAUUAAAUUCCCCCAGUAACGGACAAUCCCUGGUCACAACGACAAGUCACGUUUCUUCCUUGCCUAGUCGAACAAUCUUGAUCUCAACUACCGGUGGGAAUGUAAAUCCUCCCCUACAGAUUCAUCGAGUUAGUUCAUCCCUCACACCACAUGUUAUCUUACGGACUGGUUUGCCUGGUCUUCAAAUUUCUACAACUGCUUCACGUCAAGUUUCUACUGAUAGUAUGGAUUCUGUUCGUUGCGUUUGUGGAAACACGAAUUUGGAUGGUUACCUCGUUCAGUGUAAUCAGUGCAGAAUUUGGCAUCACAGUGAAUGUAUUUCAUCUGCUGGUAAAAACCACUUGUCAACACCAUAUGUUUGCGAAAUGUGCCAGACACAGUCAAAAGCUGUUGCUACUCAGCGACCUCAUUUGACUGCAUUUAACAGUGUUGGAUCAACCACAACUCCUAACAUCCGGAUUUCUCGUGCUCCUAUAGGGACAAAUACAUCUUCAGGACGUGUUUUCUUAACAAAUACGCUCGGAGGUGUGACUCAUCGACAAGUUCACGUUUGCAUCCCAGCAAGCCAAGGGAUGUCUGGUGUUCAGUGUGAAAAUGGCUCUGCUGUAGCUCGCCCUCCAAACUAUGGUCCAUGUGGACGAUCUGUAAGAAGCUCUAAAAGAAAACAAGAUCUGCUAACACUCACUGGUGGAUCAUCCUCUGCAAACGCAGGCAUUGAGGGCUUUCCAAGCUCACCUCCGGUGUUGGAUGACUAUGAUGACUUGUCAAACAUGCGGACAUCUUAUAACACUGAUUUAAAGAGCUGCUUCGUGGAGGGUCCAUUAAACGUAUGUCAAACACAAGGAAGUAAUCCAAUCCCUGUGUCCGAUAAAGUGCAAAUUCGUCAUAGCAGCAUUGUACAUCGUUUAAUUACAGAUUGCCCAAAUAAUAAGGUACAAAAUACAUUUACCCAGAUGAAUGAAGUGUGCCAUACCAUCCCUCCUUGUCCAGCACCUGACUCUGUACUAUCUCCUCCAUCAGAUAUUUAUGAAGAAGCCCAAACUCUACAUCUUUCAAGUCGUGUUUGUAAAAAACUCAGUUUAUUGUUUCCUCUGUUUACUGGCAUGGGAGCAGAUUGUGGCGAAAUAGAUGGCAUUUUUAACGAAGAAAUUCCCUCUAAUCUCGAGCGUUUGUUCCGUUAUCAGGUUGUUAGUUUCGACUUUAACCGCAGGGGCCUAAUAGCAAAUGAAGACAUUUGUCCUCGUACGCCGAUUAUUGAGUACCGUGGUAAUUGUUUGUUACUCAGUGAAUACAACGAUAUGUACGACUAUCGUAAACAUUACAAUCCGUUUGUACUGUUUUACAAAUCCUUGCCGAAGUUACCUCUCUGUGUUGAUGCUCGCAAGUAUGGCAAUGAAGCGCGCUUUAUCCGUCGGUCAUGUACGCCUAACUCUGAGGUCCGCCACUGCAUUUCCUUUUCAAAUGAUCAACAUAAUGAACCCGUCCCUCAUCUUCGUCUCGUCGUUGUUGCAUCACGGGUUAUUCCAAAGUCAUCCGAGAUAACUCUACCUUUUGAUUUUGACUAUACAGCCUGUCGAUAUCUUGUUAAGUGUGCAUGUAUUCUUAAAGGCUGUCCGAUUACCCGUUGGUUCCAAAGAAUGAAUCAGUUGAGCAACCCUUUGAGAAGUUCGACUCGCCAUUCGUUGGUGUGCACUCGCAAAUUACCACAUUCACCCCGCUUAUAUGGGGUCAACGGUCAUUCUCGAGGUUUUAGUCUGUUGCAAAACUCCCAGUCCCAUUACGAUGACAAGGAUCCUUCCGAUGAACAGUCAGUUUUGUGUCCUAAAUCUCCCAUAAAUACCACUGUGAGGAACUUCUCCAUUAGUCGGACAGGCCGUUACCUUCCAAGUCCUAUUUCGAAUGAGCGAACUUCAGGAUCACAUCAAGCAGGAUCUAACCGAACCACUCGUGGUUACUUAAAUAAAUCAAGCAUUUCAUGUGGAGUUCGUAAAGCUGUUCAUCGGAGAGGUCGUGGACGGGGGCGAUUAAGAAGUUCUAGUUCUCUUGGAGUGCGUAGCAAACGUGAAACAGAGCGACUGUCUUCCAGAAUGGUGUACCUUAGGAAGUCCCAUUCUAAAUCCUUGUCAACUGCCAGAAAACGUCGUUCACAACGUAAUUCCUGUUCUCACAGUGGUCAACAUCCAGUGUCAUCACCUAGUGAUAGUAUUGUAAAUGUAGACAAGAAAAGAGAUUCGCAUAACAUUCCUAGUAGAAGUGGUUUCUCUUGCGAAAUAGAAUGUUUAGAUAGAUUACGAUCGGUUCCUGUUAAAGCAAGUGACUCUCCACAAAAGUCAUCCAACAUAGAAAAUCAAGGAGAAGUCACUGAUAACACGGAUAUCGGCUGUAAGUCGAAUAAUGAGUUAUUGGGAGAGGACUUAGAUGCUGACACUGAACCGGAAUAUGAAGUACAACCAGAAAAGUUAACAGAUAGAUCAGUAUGUCGAAAAUAUAUACAGUCUAACUCCCGUCAGGACCGUCUUAAUUCUAAAGGAACAAAAGAGUCUUAUACCUCAAAUAAUUCUCCUAGAUCACCUGAUCUGGACCAUGUAAAAGCUGAAAUACACGAAAGUCAUAUUUUUAAGCGCAAAUCUGCUGAUUCAUCAUCACUUGUUGACCGUGGAAAACGGCGUUCACAGAUGAGCACCUUCGAUGAUCAUGUUUCUAAAUCGCGCAAAAGAAGUACUUCACUUGAAGAAAAAGAAGACAAGAAAUCAAAGGAAGAUAUAUGGAUGGCUGAAGUAUUACGUCGCAUAGAGCGUAUGGAAAAAAAACGAUUAAAGCAACGCGUGUCUUCGAUCAGUUUGAAAAAUAGUCAAAACACUGAUUACACUAGAAAUGACUCAAACCAGUUUUCUCCCCCUGAAAAAUCACCUGAACCUGACUCAGUAUCGGACAAUAACGAUGUUAAGUCAACAGAUGGUGUAAUGGAGACUGGAGGAAGUUCUGAUAUUAACUCAAAUGCAUUACAAUGUGAUAAAGAUAUUAAAAAUGUUAUCACCGAUGAGACCCACUCUGAUCAUGUAGAACCUACAAACAUUUUUGAAAAGCCUGAGCUGUUUAAUUGUGAAUCAAAUCAAUGUUCUGGUUUAUCGCAAAAUAAAAGUAUAUCUCCAUCCAAGGCUUGUAAUCAAGAUAUUUCAGAAGAAAGCGAUACAUGUUUUCAAAGAAAGCAGUUAAAACAAUUCACUGGGUCCAAGUUUAAGUACCAAAAACGCUGUUCUGUCAGUCACAAACAGAGACGCCGUCGUUCCCAAGCAGCUAUGUUAUCUGAUAGCCUGUCAUCCGUUGAUCAAGGUGGUUCACGCGAAGACCGUUGGCUUCAAAUGCAACUUCGACGUAUCGCUGAAUUAAAUGAUCAUCAGGAAGUAUCACAACUCACUUCAUCAGACAUGGAGAAUAUGUCUGAUAAAAGUCAUAUGUCAUCGGGUAAUCAUAUUAAAGAUGGAUCAAAUAUGAGAAUUACACUUUUUGAAGCUUUGGGUGUUAAAAGUGAAUCAUCAAAAAAUGAUCGUAACCCAAAUAGUUGUCUUCAGCAUUUAUCACCCAGUUUGUCUAAAUUCAGUAUCGCCUCUGGUUGUGAUACGACAGUUUUUACGAGUGCUAAUGAAUCAUCUAAUCAGAUCAAUAGUAAUCAACAAGCUCUCGAUUCUGAAGCUGAUUGUGGUUUUAUAGUUUAUAGAACUCGAGAAAAAGAUCCAAUGGCUAAAUUUAGCAGGACUCGUUCACUUGAUAUGCAUUCCUUGUUUUCAACAAUUCAUGAUGAAAUAUCUGGGAAACAGUAACCGACACUCGACAAGAUGUUUAUACAUCUGUUGACGAUAUGUCAACAUCUUGUUUGACACAACCAUUUCUGCACCAAACUCCUAGACCUACAAAGAAACGGUGGUUAUCUCGGGCUCUAAUGGAGGAAGAUGUCGAAUUUUCUAACAAUAAUUUUUCAAACUGUUCCCACUCAAUUAAUCAUUCACUAUCCACUAAAUCAGAUUCCUCUUUAGUCAUGCAAAAUUCAUGUGCUACGCCAGUUAAUCCGAAAAGAGGAUUAUCUCCCGACUUUCCGGGAUCUCUGAAGACUUACCUAUUUGUACGUAUUUCGAAAGCGAUGAUAAUCUCAAAAAAGAAAGUGUCACAAUUUUGUCUGAUCGUUUAGCGAACAAUCCAGAUGAUGAACAGGUGGUUUGCAAUCCAGAAUCUAAAGUUAUUUCAGAGUCACAAGAAGAUCCUGAGUUUUGCGAUGGUCUAUCAACUCAUCUGGCUCCUCUUCCUCCGAAGAAAGCUACAGUAAAGCAACAAGCUGAAGAGUUGCGGUUGCAAGAGAUACGUAAAGUUCGUGUUUCCCUCUCUGAAUAUCGUCGACGUCGUGGUCUGCCAGCCCUCACACCCGCUACGGAACGAAAUCAUAAGCAGACGAAAGAGCCGCUAGAUCAAUCAAACGGUAAUAUUGAUAAUUUAGAAAUUAUAAUCCCACCAACUCUGAUUAGUCCUGACCGACUUAUAAUAACGCUCCCAAAUCUUCACAAUGAGUCAAGGCCAUCCUCUGACGUAAGAAGUUCUGAUGGAUUACUGCAAAAAAUUACAACAUUAAACAUGAAACCUGAGGUUCUUCAUGAUUACAAUCAACCCCUAUCACCUUACACAAAUACACCAAAAAGAUGUGAAUUCGAUAGCGAACGUGAUUUUAUUGAUGCAAAAGUAAGUGAACGUGGACCUCGAACACCAAGCGAGCCACCAGAUGAUGACGAUGAUGAAGAUAUCGGGGUCGAUUCUAUAAAUCCCGUUAGUAGAGGUGCUCUUAGUAGUUCUCCUGAACCGUUCAUAAGAUUUCCUGGUAAAGUGCUUUCUUCUCACAGCUCACCAACAUCUACAUUCUCGGACUCUCGUAUAGCCUCAGAAAAGCUACCUUUCAGGAACAGUUCACCUCCAGAUGUGAAUUCUAGCAAAUUUCCUGAUUCGUGCUUCCAGGCUAACAUGUUUGCUUCUUCAAGCCAAUUAAUCGUGAAAAUCUUUUACAUGACAUCGAUCAUGCUAAGGAGUACGAUCAAGUGAGUUGACUGUUUUUGAGUUUAUUUGGUUCCUGUUUUCAAGUAAAAGUAGGUUAUGCAGCAUGAAGACAAAGAACUGUGA